UUAUAUGCAGAGUAAUAUAAGAUUCAUAUUUUUGCUGCUUUAAUGUAGCACAAAGUACGUCUGCAGACUGAAAACCCACUCUGAAACCUUUCCGGUUGUAUAAUUACAUUUAAGAACUUAAAUUACUGCUUCGAUAAAACUGUUUUUAAGAUCAUUUUUAAUUUAUACAUAUUGUUUGUUCAGUAAAAUCAUUUAAAACUUGUUUUCAAUCGAGGAUUUGACUGUUUCCGCACCGGAAGCAUCCUUAAGAUGCGCCACAGUUGCAGCAAUUUUAAAAGAGUAAAUCCUCUAUGCGUUUUAUAUUUUACGAUUAUUUCUACAUUGUAAGUCAAACCAGCAUAAGUUACAUGUUUAAUGAAAAAGAAGAGAGAACGGCAGGAAGUAGAGAGGAGCUUGGUGGUUGGGGAUCACAUGGUUGGUAAGGCGCUCUGAAACAGUAGCUGUGUGUUGGUAAAAUGGAAAAAGUUUGCUUUCACUCUGAUCUGCUGCAUUCAUGUUUCUGUUUUAUGCUUUCACCUUUAGAAUGAAGACAAUCAUCUUGUUUGGUUUGGUGCUGGGAGCGCUUUCUGCUGCAGACAAAGUUUAUAUCACAGACGUUGGGGGCAAAGUCACCCUACAGUGUGGCGUCAGCAGCUUCAAACACAUGGUGGAGUGGAAUCGUGAUGAUACACGUAUAAUCAGAGUCCAAAGAAAUGGUUUAUCUAGCAAAGGAGAAACUCCAUUUAAAGACAGGACAAAGUCAUUAAAAGACACAGACAUAGAAAUCUCCAAAAUACAGGAAAGCGAUUCUGGAAAGUUUACUUGUGUUGCAGAUGGUUCACGUAAUGAACACCUUCUGAUCGUAGUUUCAGUCUCUGUUGUUCCCUCUGGUACUCUGAAGGUUGGCGCUGACGCUACUCUGGAGUGUAAAACAAAUCCUGGAGUGUCAGGUCAACACAAACCUAAUGUCAAGUGGCAGAAACCCGAUGGUUCAGUUGAGACCAAACCCAAAGUUGAGCUCAAACAUGUUGCUUCAUCAGAUAAAGGGACUUGGACGUGUCUAGUGUCCCAUCAAGGGGAGACAUUUAAUAAAAGUGUAACCAUCAAUGUAGAAGAACAUGUUGAGACAACAACUCCUCCUACAAUAGUCGAAAAUUCAAAAUCCUCAAAUUUAGGAAAUGGGGAGAACUCCACUGGUUAGGACUGAAUGUAUCACUUAUUCAACCAUUUCCUGUUUUUGAGUUUCUCUCAUUUUAAUCCGGUCUGAUGUUUUUGCUCAACCAGGUG